CUGCUCUCGGCCGCCUGCCUCCUCCGAAUUUCAAAGUUGCUUCGAGAGGUGUGGUACGACAGCCCCCCCCUGGGCGAUAAAAGCCGCUAGAAAGAGCAACUACCUCACCAACACACACCUGCCCUCUUAAAACACCUGCCUCCCCUCUGUUUUCCCCGUCGAUCCCCGUCGCGAGAACCUUCACUUUUGUCGUCUGCCCAACCCUUUCAUCCGCACAGCAGAUCGGUCCGCAUCCAUACCAGCAACAGUCAAUUGACCCGGUCCAGCCACACUCAGUACACUUACCGAGCCAUCCGCCAGUGUCUUCGCCUUCACCAGCCCAACAAACACCACCGGCGGUCUCACGAUGCGUUCUUUCAUCGUCCUCUCCGCGCUCUCCGCGCUCUUGGUCUCCGCCCAGAACUCCUCCUUCCACAUCGACCCCAACGAGGUCGACAUCAGCCUCAGAGGCCAAUGGUGCAGAGCCCAGACGGAAACCUGCACCACCCUCUGCGACCAGAGCUCUGUGGAUAAUGAUUGCGAAGUGGCCACACUCGAGUACUCCUGCACUUGCCAGAACGGCAGCGCCCCCGGUCUUCAGUACUACACUCAGACUAUCGAUACUUUCGUCUGCCAGCAGGCGUUCACCGACUGCAACAAUGCCAAUGUUGGCAACGCCAACGGCCAGAAGAACUGCACCACGAGCAUCCAGGACCAGUGUGGUACGCUUGACCCGGCCGACUACUCCGCCGCGCCCUCCUCUACCGGCGGCUCGGAGUCUUCAGCGACAGCUUCGCCUACCUCUAGCAGCACUGCUAGCCCCACUGCAGAGUCCUCUGCCGGCGCUUCCAGCUCGCCAUCUGCUGCCGCCGCCGCCGCCAACAUUCAGAACCUGGGUACCGGUGCCCUCGCCGCCGGUAUGGGCAUCCUCGCCUACCUGCUGUAAGAGACUGGUAGUCAUGGACGCUGUCCGCCUGUGGCAGGCCGCAACCGCGUUGCGCUGGGCACCUCCUGUCUCUGCUUCUUUGUACCGAUUUUCAGCCAGCCAUGCAUCUUUACUACGACUAGCCACCUUCAUACCUCGGUGGCUCUAAUAUCACGAGGAGACGACGGAUAACUGCUUUUUUCAACGAUGGACUUGCCCAACAGGUGAUUUGGUCGUGCAGAGGGCGGCUUAGCAGGUGGGGACGAGAGGGGUUUGUGCAAGUUGACGUUUUGCUAUUUGCGAGGAGGGUUAAGGGUGCACACUGCUAGGAAGAAAAACAAUCGCCCCAGCAUGGGAUUAUCUGAGGCCGAAUCCAUUGUCCCACUUCUGCUCUGUGAUUGUCCUCUGCUUCAGAGCUCUGUUGACACUUCCAGAUCUGGAAUCACAGAACAAGCUUACGUUUAAUCAUGCUUCAUGGCACUGCUCAGGUGGGCGGUACGAGGCAGGCGGUAGGAAUCGCAUCGACAUAUAGCAAGGGCGCAACUCUCGGUACGGUUUCCAUGAGAGAUCCGGCCAACGGUACUCGUGAGUAGCGCCAGACCCUCGCGCGAACGACGGUGGGCAUUCCCAGCCCGAUCCUGGUACGACACAGCCAAGUAAACCAAGGGACCGCUCCCUUGACUGUUUGGAGGUUCUCCCGACGUCCGGCCAGCAGCGCCUGGGAGCUCCGGUGCGAGGACAGGUCUUGCAGUCAGAUCUUGGUACGGCCUGGCCAGGUACCGCGGCAAUGAAGUCUGUGGUGUGUUGGCGUUGGUACUCGAAGCGCCCUAUUGCCCUGCCAGCAGUCUUGAUGGCCAGGAAGCAUUGAAGGACCGAGAAGAUGUUGGCAGACGUGUGGCAUAUACCUGGACAGGAAGACGGAUCGUGGUGUUCACACAUGUAUAUACAUGUGAACAGUAUGAAGAUGAUGGGCGCUAACAUUGUGCCUCUAACGUGGGGAUCAAUGCGUACAGAAUAGUCCUCCAAUAACAGGUGUAAUCGCCAUG